AUGCUAUACAAUGUGACAGUGUUUGUUCUUCUGGGACUUACACAAAACCCAAAGAUGCAGAAAAUUAUAUUUGUUGUGUUUUUGCUCAUCUACAUCAUCUCUAUGGCAGGAAAUGUGCUUAUGUUGAUAAACAUCAUUGCCAGCUCACUCUUGGGGUCCCCUAUGUACUUUUUCCUGGCUUAUCUCUCCUUUAUUGAUGCCUGCUAUGCCUCUGUCAAUACUCCUAAACUGAUCAUGGAUUCACUCCAUGAAAAGAAGACCAUCCUAUUCAAUGAAUGCAUGGCCCAAGUCUUCGGGGAACAUUUCUUUGCAGGUGCUGAGAUAAUUCUGCUCACAGUGAUGGCCAAUGACUGCUACGUGGCCAUCUGCAAGCCCUUGCACUAUGCAACCAUCAUGAACUGGACAGUGUGCAUCCUGCUAGUGGGAGUGUCGUGGGUGGGAGGAUUUUUCCAUGCAACCAUCCAGCUGCUCUUCAUCUUCCCACUACCCUUCUGUGGUCCUAAUGUCAUAGAUCACUUUAUGUGUGAUCUGAACACUUUGCUCACUCUGGCCUGCACUGAUACCCACACUCUGGGGCUCUUCAUUGCUGCCAACAGUGGGUUCAUCUGCUUGUUAAACUUCCUCCUCCUGCUGUUCUCCUAUGUGGUCAUCCUGCGCUCCCUGAAAACACAGAGCAUGGAGAGUAGGUGCAAGGCCCUGUCCACCUGGGUCUCCCACAUUAUGGUGGUCAUUUUAUUCUUUGUUCCCUGCAUAUUUGUGUACAUGAGACCUCCAAUUAAUUUAUCCAUUGAUAAAGCAGUUGCUGUAUUCUAUACCAUGAUAACUCCCAUAUUAAAUCCUGUGAUUUACACUUUGAGAAAUGCUCAAAUGGAAAAUGCCAUCAGAAAAUUGUUUAGCAGAAAAAUUAUUUGA